AUGCGACGCAAUCGCAAUACAAAUCUAGGAGGAGGCGGCGGCAAUUUAAACAGAUCUAGUGAUCUUUUCCUAACAGAUCAUCUGAAGGACAUUGAUCUUGAGUUAGAUCUGCUAAAACGCAAGCGGGAGAUGCUAGAGCAGCAACAGCAGUUAAUACAGCCAUUAAUGGGACAGAGAAGUUUUAACCAACAACCAUAUUACCAGCUUGAACCCAAACAAAGUGGUUCCAACCGCGAUUUCUCUCACUUGUACAAUGAUGGAUCCCGAGAAUACCGCAAGCCCUAUGGUAGAAAACGCCAAUCUGACAGUGACUGGCUACACGAUUCCUACCCUAAAAGGUCUUCUGGACAAGGUCAGCGUGGUUCUAGCUUUGCUGGACCUUCGUCUACCCGAAACCAAAGAUCUUACGGCGGUCAAAACCAGCAACCAAGGUCUACACCUAAACAGUACGGGCAAGGUAAACAGUUUAUCGGCCAAAGGAUCAAUAAUCAAAAACAGCAAAGACCUUCAAAAAAUUUUGUUCCAAAUAAAGUAACCAAGGCUUCCAAAGCUUUCGUGCCACCGAACAAACUAGCGUCCCAACCGGUCGCUGGUCGAAGUAAGUUGGUGGCAGCUGCCGUUAUGUCAACGGCAGAGGUCGAAACUCAGGAUCGGGAAGCGCUUAGGCUGCUCCCAGACCAAGUACCGACCAAGCAAAUGACUGGCCGCUUGGAGCUGGCUCUGGGAGCCAUCUUGAGGAACAUCCGAGAUAUGUGUGCAGAAAGUUCGCAUCAUGAAAUAUUACGCACUUCCUCGUUACAACGUGUAAUUAAACAAGCUAUUCGCGAGCGCGUCAGAAGCGCUAUGUUAGGCAAAAUCGUCGGCGCUACCCAGGAAAUCGUCAAAGAAUAUAGAGCUAUGUAUCCUAAAGACACUGAUUUGGAAAUAAUGAACAUAGCAUUAGAGGCGGGCGGCAUCAAGCCAGAGAAAGACCCAAAACCCAUAGUUUUACAGAAAGACAGACCGGAGGAAUACUACAAAGUCAACAUGAUUAAGCUUAUUGACACACAUCUCCAUGAAAUAUUUGAUAAAAUUGAAAAGAUAUAUGAAGCUGAAAAUGAAAAAGAAAAUUCCCAGGAAGGUGCUGGAGAAAACAAUAAUAUGGAAACAAACAAUGAGCCUGAUGGUGAAAAGGGUGAAAAAUCUGUUGAAGAUACACUUAAGGAAAACGAGGCUAUUAAUAAUGAAGCUGAGGCUGAAAAGAGUAACAAUAUCGAGGCCGAAAAUAAUGAAAAUAACGAAGCCGCAAGUGGUGUUAAUGCCCAUGACGUAGGAGGGGAAAAUAACCCUGCCCCAAAUAACGAAAAUAACCCUGCCCCAAAUAACGAAAAUAUUACCGUAACAAAUCAUGAAAGUGUUGCAAACGGAGAUAAUGAAGACGGCGAACCGCUCUUUCCGCAAGCGAAUGAGUACAAGCGAUUGCUGCCUCGACUCCUUAAAAGGCAUAUACCUACUAUUCUAAAACUUCUACACCUAAACAAAAUGUACAGACGCGCUGUUGCUGACAUCGUCACCACCACUAAAGCUAAGUUUGUAGAGUAUGAAAAACCUGAAAAUUCUGCCAGAGGAGAGAGCUCUGAGGUAUCACAAACCCCUAAGAAAUUCCCAGGGCCAUAUGUUGUUCUACCCUAUUAUGUUAAGGUAAUGGGUAAACCACAGCUGCCAAAGAAGAAAGCAAUGAAUACAUUUCUGGAAGCGUUCAAUCCUAAGUCUAUUAAGAAGCAUAGGACUAUUCACAAUCUACUGUUUAUUGGAUUUACAGAAAAGGCAGACUUUGAUGCUAUUGUUCAGGCAGAUGGCACUGUCAUUGGUCGCAGCACAUUGAGCAUCAGAAUCUGUGACAAAAACAAUGGCAAACGUGAUGAAAAAGCUCAGAAUGGCACUUUAAGUAGUGCAAGUAACCAAAAUGUCUCUCAAGUUCAAGAAACUCUUGAUACAUCACUUGAUAAAAAAAAUGUAAAGAAAGAGUUGGAAAACAGUGAAGAUCUAGCAAAAGAAUUAAAUGAAAAUAUAAUAGAUUUGAUUGAAAGUAUAGAGAAUAAUGGUAUUAAAUCUGAAAAUCCAAAAGACGAGAAAGCUAAUGAAAAUAUUGAAGAAGCUGCUGAACAGACAAAAUGUAAGGAUGAAGUAGUUAACAGUAAUGAAGUUGUUGGGGACACUAAUGAAGUUGUUGGGGACACUGAUGAAGUUGUUGGGGACACUGAUGAAGUUGUUGGAGGUACUGAUGAAGUUGUUGGUGACAGUAAUACAGCAGAAGGAAAUAGUGAACCAGUAGUUGGAGACAGUGAUGAAGUUCCUGAAGGUACUGAUGAACUCCCCACAGAUACUGAGAAAACUGAAAAUAGUGAAGAAAAACAACCAUUGGUUGAUGAGAAAAAUGAUCAACUUACACAACUAAAAAGUACUGGGGGAAGGGCCACACCGACCCGUACUUCAACCAGGUUGGCAAACACACCUGCCACUCCUAGUACUAUCAGAACCCGUCGGGCAAGCAGGCUGAUGCAAAAUUAG